AGCCUUAAAUAAUCAAAGUCGCAUCUAAAUAAAAAAUAAUUUCUAUUAUUCUUAUACUAAAAUCCAAAAAAUAAUCACAUGAGCAGUUACAUUUAUAAAAAAAUAUUUCUCAUCUUUAUUUUUUUUAUUUAGUUUGAUAUUCGAUUAAUUUUCACGGUACUUUGACUAGUGCGGUUACAUAGUUAGUAAUUUUAUCGAUUGUUUUGUUGUUUCACAUCACAACAAGAAGCUAGUCGAACACGAACAUUCAUUUUAUAAGUCGUAAAUUUAAAAUUUCGGUGAUCAAAUAAGUGCGAUGAAAUUCCAAUACAAGGAAGAACAUCCUUUCGAAAAAAGGAAAUCAGAAGGAGAAAAAAUUAGAAGAAAAUAUCCUGACAGAGUACCCGUAAUUGUUGAGAAAGCACCAAAAGCAAGGAUUGGUGAUGUUGAUAAAAAGAAAUAUUUAGUGCCAUCUGAUUUAACUGUAGGACAAUUUUAUUUUCUUAUAAGGAAAAGGAUUCAUUUGAGACCUGAAGAUGCUCUGUUCUUCUUUGUUAAUAACGUCAUUCCACCUACUUCUGCUACAAUGGGUUCUUUAUACCAGGAACACCAUGAAGAAGAUUUCUUCUUGUAUAUAGCUUAUUCUGAUGAAAACGUCUAUGGUGAACAGUAAAAAGAGAUCUUGACAGUUUUUACUUAAUUAUAAUCUAAUAAUUCACACUUACGAUUUAUUUUUCAGCAAUCUGAUUUGAAUGUAUUAUUAAAUCACUCGUUAUUAUGUGAUUAAAAAUUACAAAUUUUAUUUUUUUGGUUUAUUGAUUCUUGUAUAUGUUAUUUUAUAUCUAAAACCAUCGUUUUGGUAACAUUUCAAGCACAUUAUUAAUGUUAAGAAAACUUAGAUUAGGUAAUAGAGUAUUUUGCCAUCGGAUAUCUUAGAACUUGGUGGGCUUAAUGUGUUAUAAUUAACUUUAAUUUAAAAAAAAUAAUAAAAUGUUACGUUAAUAUUUGGAA